AUGGGAAAUAUUGAAUCGGUAACCGGUGCUGUAACAAGAAAAUUUUCGAGAGAAAUCCUUCCACAAUCACCAAAACUUCCCUGUCUUCCUCGCAAGCAGUCGGUGUUAAUAAAUGAUGAUGCGAUCAAAAACGGCAAGAGUCCCGUGGAACGAUCAUCUCGGGCUAGCUCAUUUCGUAGUCAUUCCGAACAAAGAAGUUUUUCGAAAGAAAAGUGCCCAACCGAAUCAUCGAGCACAUCACCGCUAUCUACGAAACUCAGGAUAAGCAUGGAUAUGCGUGUAUGUGUGGGUGAAAAAUGGCCCAGUCCUCAAUUUCCAAUAACAGGUGAUCUCAGAUCGCAUCAGAUUACUCUUAUCCGUCGCACUUGGAAACAGCAACUUAAAAAACAUAAUGACGAUGAGCAUGAGAUGGCUACCCGGUUACUAUUAAGGAUAUUUUUAAUCGAACCAAGACUUAGAGGUUUCUUCUAUCUCUCUGAUGUUCCAUAUAAUGAACUUCGUUCAAGUUAUAUUUUUCAACAACAUGUAAAGGCUAUUGAGCCCACGCUGUCAUUUGUUAUGAAGCAUUUGCAUGACCCAACUUCUAUGAGUGGACAUUUACAAAUGCUUGGCGGACGCCACCUUGCAUAUACUACAGUUCCUUAUAAAAGUAUUUACUGGAAGAUAAUUGUUCAAGCAAUUAUGGAAUUUGUUCACGCAGAUAGUGAAGCAUGUGUUGUUCGAGAUGCAUGGAUCGUAUUAGGUGGAUUCUGCACGGAGCAAAUGCGAAUCGGAUUCAAAAUCGAAUAUAAACUUUGGAAGGUUGCAAAUGAAUGGCGAAAAAUACAGUGA